AUGGCCUUUGUGUUAAAGAAGACUACCUUUGUUUUAGAUGGGUUAAAUUUUAGAAGCCAUUUAUCUGACCAUGAUUCUAAAAUGUGUUCAUCAUCUUGCAGAUCAUCACACGAUGAACAGUGUGCGUUAGCAGGGGUCUGGAGAAAUCAACUACAGUCAGAGAUGAAACUUUCUUGUAAAAACGGAACACUAUCUGGGCAUUAUUACAGCGCCGUAGGAAACGCUGAGAAAGAAUACGACCUGAUCGGAAGAUAUGUACAGGUAAAUACCACGGAAUACAUUGUGGGAUGGUCAGUCGCUUAUAAGAAUGAAUUCCGGAAUGCCAGGUCCGUAGCGAGCUGGACUGGCGUGUACUAUGCCGCGCACGAUAAUAUCAAAACCCACUGGAUUCUGGCGAGUUACGUAGAUCCGGACAAUUAUCAAAAAACUUUUAACACCAAUCAGGACCAGUUCCAGAAAGUCGUGGAUCUUCCAUGCACACCUGAUGUUGUUGGUUAG